AUGGGUAUCCGUAAGUGCAUCGUACCAGAGUGCCCGUCGACGACGGCUCGCUCCGAAGACCGCGGCGUCACAUUCCACAAGAUACCGUACCAGGAGGAAACGAAGCGUGCCUGGAUCACGGCCUGCCAUCUGCCGGAUGGGUACAACGCGUCCAAAAUGUCGAACGUAUGUAGUCGACACUUUCGGAAGGCCGAUUUUCAGGAGUUCAAAGGUAAAAAGUACGUGCUGAAAACAGGCAUAGUUCCAACGAUUUUCCCCUGGACCAACGGUAAGGGGUCGGAGAAGAGCGACAAUGACCAACAAGCGAUGGAGGGCGCCAAGGAGACGGUUGAAGAUUCGCCUAUGGAAGCCAAAAUCGACAAAGGAAAAAAUGAGGAUGUGCCGCAUGAAGUCGGCGACAAGGAUGACGACAUCAACCGGAAAGAUGACGUAAAGAAGGUAAAAACCGAAACACCGACUGGUCGAAACAAAAACAAAUCGAAAAUAACACCAAAGCGUGCGAGCAGCGCUAGAAAGAGCGCUUUGACAUUGGCGAAAAAGGCUCGCGUAGAUCCUUCGCCAACUCCGAAGAAACAAACGGUAAAGAAGGGCGCUUCCGUCGUCGUUGAGCCUCCGUCACCGGCUGUCUGCGCGUCACAAGCCGCCGACAACGUCGAAAGUGCUCCGGAAAAGGUAAUAGAUUUCACACCGGGCGGCAAAAUUGAGGCCCAGGACUUCAGUGGCACCUGGCACGCGGCAAAGUUAAUCGAGGUCGACACAGAGGAACGUGAAGUGCUGGUGCAGUUUGACAAGACGGAGAAGAUAAAAUCUUCCACGCUCGAAGAAUGGAUCCCGAUGGACAGCGUCCGAUUGCGACCGAUUUCGAGCGCAAGUUUCACAGCCGGCGAGAAGGUGUUUGCUCGGUGGAACGACUCGCGCAAGUUUAAGGCCACCAUCAAGAGCGUGCUGGAGAACGAUAUGUACGAGGUGAUCUUCGACGAUGGGUUUGCGAAGAUCUGUAAAGCAACGCACAUCAGUCGGGGUAAGCGUCCGGAAGAUGCUAUAGUUAAGGGGGUUCCGGCAGACUUGUCCCCCGAAAAGGAGCCGAUCAAGGUGAAUGAAUCGAGCAUGGUCAUAAAGACGGAACCGGUGGAGCAAGCGGAGGGUGCGAGUGAAAUGCAGGUCGCAAUAAAUUCGAUCAAUCAGCUGCGCAUUCCGCAGUUAGUGAAGUUAAGCGAACUGCCAGAGGUUCCAACGGAUGGCGAGUGGUGUUGCCAUUGGAUGAACGAUUACCCUGUCGGGGAGUCAUCGGAAGUGGAUCUUCCCGGCGGUAGAGUGUACACUGUGAUCGUGCCCGAUUGGCGCCUACCGGAAGGCUGGACUAAACACGUGUACCAACGCUUCACGACAUACGGGAAGAUGGACGUGGUGCUGGUGAAUCCCGCCGGAAAAGUUAUACGUUCGAAGCACGAGAUGAAGCAGUACCUGGCGGACGGUGGCGAGGCGUACGACCUGAACAUGUUUGAUUUCGGGUUACAUCGUAAGCGCGCCAAAGAGCUGGGAUUCUGCCAAUACACACAGGAGUACAAAGACAGCUUCCUGCCGAAACCGGCCGCCGAACCGAUGCUGCUCAACACCGAGGUGAACAUCGGCUCAGUAAAGGUGAAAAUUAUCGAUAACCUAUACCAGUGCCCGGAGGCGGACUGUUUGAAGACGUUCCGUAAAGAGAACCACCUGCAGAUUCAUAUCAAGCACUACCACAAAGAGUUGGCCAAAGGCUUGGGGGAGAUACUGAACAUGCAGGAUCUGGCCGCAUUGCGAACUCCACUGGAUCUUCUCGAAACACCAAGAUCGACCGGACGCAAAUCAAACGUCUCGACGACACCUAAAGCCUCGUCCAACGUGAUGAAAGAAGAGAAAAAAGACGAGGUACUUGUAAAGUCAGAACUCGCCGCGUUUCCGCCGACUCCGGAGGAAGGCAAACCCAUCAAAGAGGAACGGUUGAAAUCACCCGGGUUGGUCAAGCAGGAACUGGAAAAACACCCCAUAUCGCAUGGAACUGUGGAAGCCGUCGCUGUGCCCGAGGAGACAUCAGUUAAGAAAGACCAACAGGAAGAAGACGAAUCCGCCACAGUAGCAUCGCCGAGCAGCAGUACUAGCAAGCCCAAAGCGCAAAGUAGGGUGGCGAAAAUAAAACUGUUUUCGAAGAGAAAACAAUUGGACGAGGCAAAGAAAAUUCGCCACGGGUUGGUAACGAAAAAGAAAGCAGGAGUCACCUCGACCAAAAGGAUGAAGCGAGGGAAAAUGGGGCGACGAUCGGCGGCCAAUCGGUCGGCGCCGGUACUGCGAGGAGCCGAUUCCAGUAUGACUUACUCCCCGUUCGCGGGUUUUGGUGGCGGAUUGCAGAACGAGACAACUAUCGGAGGGGCGUACUAUGACGACUUCAUCAACACGAGUGUCGGUGGGUCGACUUCCGGACUUGUGGAUGAAAACGGUGAGGUGAUCAAGAUCGUCCGUAUGCGCAAGGAGGAGAUCAUAAACUGUCUAUGCAAGGUGACGGAGGAAGACGGGCUCAUGGUCCAAUGCGAGGUGUGCCUUUGCUGGCAACACGCAUUUUGUCAGAACAUCCGCAACAGCAGCGAGGUACCGGAAACGUAUGUGUGCAGUAUCUGCCGCUAUCCGUACCGUGGACGAGCGUCGAAGCGGUACGUGCACGAUCAGGACUGGCUUUAUGAGGGCAAGUUGCCAGUGGCCAAGUACCACUCGACAAACUCGCGCCAUGCCCAGCGCUUCGACAUCCUCAAGAACGCUCACACGCUGACGGGCAAUCUGCUGGAGUUGAAGCGCUUUAUGCAUAGCCUGCAGGUGAAGAUCAACAUCGCGGAGAAGAAGGAUCACCCAAAGAUGUACCUGUGGUCGAAAAAGUGGGAAAAGAGCCCGCCACGGAGCGAAGGCGUCGAAAAGCUGCCGAGUGAAUCGGCGAUCCAGCAACAGAUGCCGCAGGUGCCGGUGCCGGAGGCGCCCAUCGAUCCGGCAGAGUGCCAGGCCAUCCUGCUUGAUCACAUUCAGAAGCAACAGAAUGAUGCGAUGGGUCGGCUGCAGGCGAUAGAGGCGCAGAUAAUAGGAUUGGAGGCGUAUGACGAAAAGGCAGACUUGCUGGAAUCUCCUAUGGCGAAGAACUACCCCAAAACAAAACAAACCAUCCAAAUGUUGUUGAACGAUCUGUUGCGGAUGAAAAAAAUUGCCGAGAUUCAUUCGGAUUUCAACAGUCUGGUACCGGAAUCGUCACGUGUGGCGCAACAGUGACGAAGGAAGAAAUAUGUGUAAUUUCCUCACAGAUGUGUCAUUUUUUUGUAGCCUUAAGCGCAAUUUAUAAUACGGCUGUUGUCUGCAUUCUAUCCUACUUUGAAGGAAUUUAGUUAGCGUAAGAUGUGCUAUGU